GGACGGCAGACUAAUUAGUCGCCGGAGGGAAGCUGCGCGAAGGUGUCGUCUCGAGGGGCACACAACUGCCCGAAGCUUUAUUUGCGGCCGUCGCUCUCCUGUUCACAGAUAACUCAAGUGUCCCCACCUCACGUCGGGUUAGCUGUUUUUCAACCUUUCGCGGGGUUGACUCAAUGGCGAUACCAAUCCAGCUCGCCGGGCCCCACAUGGCGGAUUACUCGUCUCUCAACAUGCACCCUGUGGGACUGGGUCAGAUCCCGUUCCAGCACUCGCCAAUCCAGCCCUCCAUGUUGGCCAACUCAGCCAGCAUCGAUACCUGCACCAGCAUCGUGCACUCGCUCAUGUGCCACAGGCAGGGAGGGGAGAGUGAGCAGUUUGCGAAACGGGCCAUCGAGUCGCUGGUGAAGAAGCUGAAGGACAAGAGAGAUGAGCUGGAUUCUUUAGUCACGGCUAUUACCACCAGUGGGUCUCGCCCGUCAAAGUGUGUGACAAUUCAGAGAACGCUGGAUGGACGCUUGCAGGUUGCUGGUCGGAAAGGGUUUCCACAUGUGAUCUAUGCCAAGAUAUGGAGGUGGCCCGAUCUCCACAAGAACGAACUGCGACAUGCAAAGUUCUGUCAGUACGCCUUUGACCUCAAGUGUGACAGCGUCUGUGUCAACCCAUAUCACUAUGAAAGAGUCGUUUCUCAAGGUACUUAAUAAUUUUAGUGUUUUUUUAGGUGGAGGAUAAAGUUUUAGCUGUGAAAAAAGAUGGAAAGAAUAUUGUUGGGAUUUCAGUGAGAAAUAUUUUGCCCCAGUUCCUCUGACAUUUCUGGUUCAAAUCUGGUACAUCACGUCACAGCUCCACCAAUGUUAUUGGAAGGAAAAGAGUUGGAUAGAGUCGAGUGCAUGCAGCAAGGUCCUCAGCAAAUGCAAG